AUGACCGUCGAAGCUGCACCAAACAAUUGCCCGGUUCCGCUCGAGGAACUGUCAAGAAUUGCGACAGAGGCAUGCGACACGGCGCUAGAAGGUGUUAGUAGCUAUGACCAUGACCAAGUCGGCCAAUGGAGCUCUCAGAUCAUCAACAAAAUCCUCCAAUCGCUCAUAUCAGCCACCACAUCCAACGACUCCACAUCCUCCCCUUCCCCUUCGGAUCCCAAGCAACCCUCGUUCCGCUUCACCGUGAACUGCACCAUCAUUCAGCAAGGCCUUACCGACCCGGUGCCCUCAGGUUCCAGCCCAGACCCAAGUUCCAGAGAAGCCACAGGCCGCCGCGGCAUGCACGCGGCGUCAGGCGCAUACUGGGAUGUCAAGCGCGAUGGGAUGUGGACGUAUAAAUACACGAAUGGCAUGGAGAAAGGACUGGAUCUAGUUUUGAACAUUGUUUGGUUCGGUUCGCUGUAA